CCCUGCCUGCCUUUUUAGAGCUUCUACCCGCGCCUCGACAUAACUUUUCGCAGGUAACAACCAAAGCUUCACCUUUUUCCUUGUGAGAAUUUCUCCUUCUUUUCAUAACAUCCACUCCCAGCGAACUUGGUGACACCAAGUCAAUUAACCUCUACCUUUUUCGUCUUUGAUCCUCUUCAAUUCAAGUUGUCCAAACUAUAAUUGCGAGUGGUGGUUUUUUAUUCUCAUCCAUCUCGUCGCAUCCUGCGCGAGGCCUUCCCGAGUGACUCCCCGCCGCGACUUGUUCUGCCCCGCGGUAACUUAUCUCUUCGCGCCUCGCCGCUCAAAUCCUCCUACUCUAUCCUAGACUUUACCUCAAACCACGGUAUUUACCUAGUUUGUAUCACAGUGUCGGCAUUCAAUCACAAUAGUCCACUAUUUGUUUUGACCAGGCUACUUCAAAGCUUUCAAAAACUCCUCUCUAGCCAGUAUGGGUGACCAGGUUGCCAAGCCCGACGAGGGCGUGAACAACGACGUUCUCGAAGUCAAGGGUCAGGAAAUUGUCGACGCUGGUGCAGAGGAUACCGCCGCGAUCGAGGAACAAGAAAAGACCGACGUAGUUGAGGCUGAGAAAAACACGGCCGAGGGAGAGACGGAGACUAAGGCUGGUGAAGAUGCCUCUUCUGUCCAGCGUCCUAAGGAAAUGUUGAAGGUCAACAGAAAGGGCUGUGAGACCAGACAGAAGUCGGAUGCUUCUAUUCUUCCCGACUCGGACAAUCCUCAUGAAAUCCGCAAGCAGGUCGAAUUCUACUUCAGCGACAGCAACUUGCCUGGCGAUAAGUUCCUGUGGAGCCAGACCGACGGCUCUAACAACAAGCCAGUGCCACUCUCCGUGAUCUGCAAUUUCUCACGCAUGCGUCGAUUCAAGCCUCACUCAGCUGUCGUUGACGCUCUCAAAGCUAGCAAGCACCUUGUUGUGGAAGGAUCCGAAGGCGAAGAGACAAUCCGCCGAAAGCAACCUUACAAGCCAGCCGAUGACAGGCAGUACCAGAUUGAUGAGCGCAGCGCCUACAUCAAAGGGUUCGGCGAAGAGCAGUCGUCCACCCAGUUCGACAUCGAGGCAUUCCUGGCCCAAUAUGGAGAGUUCAACUCCGUACGCCUUCGAAGAGCGGAUGAUGAGAAGAAGUCAUUCAAGGGUUCCGUGUUCGUCGAAUGGGCUGACAAAGAUACCCUUGAUAAGUUCAUGGCUUUGGAACCUAAACCUCUAUGGAGGGAGCACACGUUGGAAAUUAAAACAAAGCUUGAGUACAAGGCAUUCAAGGCACAAGAGAUCCGUGACGGCAAGAUUCCGAUGAAGGGCUCUAAUCACUUUGGACGUUCUCAGCGUGGCCAUCGUGGCGGUGGUGGUCGAGGCCAAGGGUCUCGUGGUAACUAUCGAGGUUCUGACGCCGAUGACUGGAAGAAACGCCGUGACGAGGAUCAGCGGAACGGCUUCGAGGACCGUCGUGGUCGCCGUGAUAAUCGUGGCCGAGGCCGUGGCCGUGGCAACAAUCGUGGACGGGGUAGAGAUCGUGCUCGGAACGAUAACGGCCGCGCGAAGGAACAAGAGCGACCCGUUUCACACGACGAUGGCAGACCCAAAAUCAACACGAGCAAGGAAAGUGAGAAGAUCAUGAAGGAGGUGAAUGCCAAGAGCAACACUGAUGCUCAGGCAAACGGAAAGCGUGCUAGAGAUGGGGAUAACACGGAUACACCCCCGGCAAAGAAGGUCGAUACCAAGGAGGCUGUUGCUGAUGCUGCAUGAGCAAACUAACGCAACUUAUUAAUUCGUCAUAUACGAAUUACAUACCCCUUCUUCGCGUCUUGAUUUCAUAUUGAUUCCCACAAUUUUCAUCACUCCUCCUGUAUGUCAUUGCACUUGAGGCACUCAGCUUUGCAUUUCAAGGUCGGACCUGGUAAUGGAAUUAUUGGUAGGGUUUGGAAGAGGCGUUUACGGGCUCUUUAAAUAGGCGCUAGAUAUUUGUGUCUAGCUACGAAAAAAAAUUCACGAGUUGCUGAGAUGGGAACCGUAUCACUUAUUGCUACCUAGGUACAUAAC